AGGUAUCCAUCAGUCCCAGUUACCUGACUGGUCAAGGAAUCAGUUGGAACAUGCGUGCUGUACUAGUAGACUGGCUUGUGCAAGUACAGCUAAAAUUGGAGCUCCAGCAGGAGACCUUGUACAUGGCAGCUGGUAUCACUGACUGCUUCCUGCAGGUGAACUUGGAACAACAUAUUCUGGCCAAGUACCUGAUGGAGCUCUCCAUUGUGGACUAUGAAAUGACAUCAGCUCUGCAGUACCACAUGUCUUAUAAUGAGGAAGACCUUCUCGCAGUUGGGCAAUGCACAGCAAGGAAUGUAAUGCUUAUGAAUGUGGGCCUUACCAAGCAGAUGGCAAUCAAGAACAAAUAUGCCAGCUGCAUAAAUUACAAGAUGAGCACUGUUGGACAGCUGGACUCUUCCAUCAUAUCGAAUCUUGAUCAACCUCUGAUUUGAAUGCUGCCUCUAAUUCAAUGAAACUACAGCAUUUGAACUCAAGCACGAUUAUGUCGCUGUAUGAUGCCCCUGUACACAACCUGUCCUUUGUCCUGUGUUCAGGCUUCUUAAGAAAGUACUUCUUUUCACUUGCCACCUUUGUGGUAGUAAACUGCCUCCUGCAGCUGAGGCAUCGCAGCGGCGCCUGUGAGCGAUGCUGUCUGCUGUUAAGCUCUGGGUCUAGCCCAGGCGUGGCGGCUGGUCCUCCGGGCUCUGUGCAGGCCGGAGCGCCGGCACUGCGCUGACAGGGAUAAUGUCUGCCACAGCGGCCAAAUUACGCGGGCUUUGCUCGCUCGGUUACUAAUCAGAAUAUGCCGUCAGCUCGGCCCCCCUGGGCUCCCCGGAGUCACGCCUGGGAGGACGGGCUGCCUCGCUCCCAUCUGCCCGCGGCACCCGCACGGCCCGUCACCGGGGGGCCCUGGGCGGGGACUAAGCUCGGCGGCUGACCAACGGCCCUCCGGCGGCCCCGCCCCCGGGUCGCGGGGGCUGCCG